GUGUGCGUGUUUCUGUGUUGAACAAUAACCGGUCGCUUGCCGCUUUGACAGCAGCUCGGUGCGUUGUUUCCUUUGCAUGUGGCGCACGAGCGGAGGCAUUCAGGCGUUUGAUUGGCUGCGAUAUUAUUAUUAUUUUUGUUUUGUUUUGGAGCUGGAUCCGAGAGGACCGAUGGACUUGAUGACGAGCGCGCGACCGGAGGGUCAUCUUUGAAUUCUGAUAGAAAUAUCGAUCCGUUUAUUGUUGUUGUUGUUGUUGUCAUUAACGGAGAAUAUCGCCGUAACAAGCCUCCAUAUGAUCAACAGUCACCACCCAUUCUAGUGAAGCACCACGGACGGACCGACUUCAACUGUUAGCAGAUAUUUAAGAAAAAGAAAAAUCCCAAACAUACUAAUAGUUUAAUACCGUUUUCUAUUUCAAGCACGAAUACGUCGGUAUUCCUUUUCAUAAUUUGGAGGUAAAUGAAGAUCUCAAGUGCUUUGUGCUUUUUAAUUGGGUGAGAUCUUCGCUUGUGCCUCUUGGCUCGACCUUAAGAAAAGCAUCUGAGCCCUGAAGCCGGUACAAAGAAGCUUUACUGCAAGCAGCCAUGUUCAGCUGGCUGGGGACGGACGACAGGAGGAAGAAGGACCCGGAGGUCUUCCAGACCGUCAGCGAGGGACUCAAGAAGCUCUACAAAACCAAGCUGCUGCCGCUGGAGGAGGGCUACAAGUUCCACGAGUUCCACUCGCCGGCCCUGGAGGAUGCGGACUUCGACAACAAGCCCAUGGUCCUCCUGGUGGGACAGUACUCUACCGGCAAGACCAGCUUCAUCCGCUACCUGUUGGAGCAGGACUUUCCCGGCAUGCGGAUCGGCCCCGAACCCACCACGGAUUCCUUCAUCGCGGUGAUGCACGGCGACACCGAAGGAGUCGUCCCCGGCAACGCUCUGGUGGUCGACCCCAAGAAGCCCUUCAGGAAGCUCAACGCGUUCGGAAACGCGUUCCUCAACCGGUUUGUUUGCGCCCAGCUGCCCAACCCGGUGCUGGAAAGCAUCAGCGUGAUUGACACGCCGGGGAUUCUGUCGGGAGAGAAACAGAGGAUCAGUCGAGGCUACGACUUCGCCGCCGUCCUGGAGUGGUUUGCCGAGAGGGUGGACAGGAUCAUCCUGCUGUUCGACGCCCACAAACUGGACAUCUCCGACGAGUUCUCGGAGGUGAUAAAAGCCCUGAAGAACCACGAGGACAAGAUCAGGGUGGUGCUGAACAAGGCCGACCAGAUAGAGACCCAGCAGUUGAUGAGGGUGUACGGCGCCCUGAUGUGGUCGCUGGGGAAAAUAGUCAACACUCCGGAGGUGAUCCGCGUCUACAUCGGGUCCUUCUGGUCCCACCCGCUGCUGAUUCCGGACAACAGGAAGCUGUUUGAAGCGGAGGAGCAGGAUCUCUUCAAGGACAUUCAGUCCCUGCCGAGAAACGCGGCGCUGCGAAAGCUCAACGACCUGAUCAAGAGGGCGAGACUCGCCAAGGUCCAUGCCUACAUCAUCAGCGCGCUGAAGAAGGAGAUGCCCUCUGUGUUCGGGAAGGAGAACAAGAAGAAAGAACUCAUCGGCAGUCUUGGAGAUAUUUACAAACGCAUCGAGCGAGAGCAUCAGAUCUCACCGGGAGAUUUUCCUAAUCUGAAGAAGAUGCAGGACCAGCUGAAUUCUCAGGACCUCAACAAGUUCCAGCCUCUGAAGCCCAAGCUCCUGGAGGCGGUGGACGACAUGCUGGCCCACGACAUCGCCGGCCUGAUGGUGCUGGUGCGCCAGGAGGAGAACCAGCGUCCCAACCCGGUGGUGAAGGGCGGCGCGUUCGACGGCACGCUGGACGGCCCGUUCGGCCACGGCUACGGCGAGGGGGCCGGCGAGGGCAUCGACGAGGCGGAGUGGGUCGUCGCUCGAGACAAGCCGGCCUACGACGAGAUCUUCUACACCUUGUCCCCCGUCAACGCCAAGGUGACCGGGGCCAACGCCAAGAGGGAGAUGGUGAAGUCCAAGCUGCCCAACACGGUGCUGGGGAAGAUCUGGAAGCUGGCCGACAUCGACAAGGACGGCAUGCUGGACGACGAGGAGUUCGCGUUGGCCAACCACCUGAUAAAGGUCAAGCUGGAGGGACACGAGCUGCCGGCGGAGCUGCCGGCGCACCUGGUUCCUCCUUCCAAGAGGAAACUGGCAGAGUAAAUGUCACAUCGCGUCAUCCCCCCCCCCCCCCAAAACCCGUGUGUAGACUUAGAAGUAGUGAUAUUCCUGUAGCAUUAUAGCAAAAAGCCCCCCGUCCCCCCCCCCCUUUCCGCUCUAUCGCCGCCACGCUUCCCGAGCUUCACGGGGCGAAGGUGAAGUAUUCCGCGCUCAGUUUUCGUUCGACUAGAAACAAAGAACGACGGUUAUCUGCUCUCGGCGUGUGGGUUCCAACCUGCAGCGCUGAAAUGUCUCUUUCCGGGGACGAAGACCGGCGUCCUCUUUGGGCGUUUCAGCGUGAGAUGUUCGAGAUGUUGGGACAACUGAUGAGGUCACUCAUAAAGGGAAAACACUGGAGUGCUGGGGGGAUGUAACCUGGUCCGAACUACUGGAAGGAAAAGGGAGAGAUAAUGUGAGGAAGAGUAUAAACAUUAUUAUUAUUGUCUUUAAUCAGUAGAGUAAGUGUGUGUUUGACUGCAUCACUAAAACGCGUCACAGCGUCUUAAUAUCCUUAACAUGUGGAAACACUGUGACUACCACAAGGACUUUACCGAGGGACGCGUCCCCAGUACCGACGCCUGUGUGUGUGUGUGCGCGUGACCACGUGAAGCGGCGUUGCUAUUGGCGACGCGUCUCGUCUCUUAAGCCUCUCACAGGCGUCGGAGCAUUCGGUGAAAAACGGAUGAAUCAGCGAUUCUUCACCUCGUGAAAUGGAUCCGACCUAAAAAGAGGUCGAGAGCACAUCUGCUUCUUCUGUGGCAACAAAUCAAAUUUGCCUUUUACAGUUUGUCUUCUAAAUUGCAGCCGUGUGAUGAAUGUAAUUGGAUUUACUAUCUCGAUAUGCCAGUAUGUGGAUACAUGUAUGUAUAUAUACAUAUAUGUAUAUGAUAACAUAAAAAAUUCUACGGCGUUUUGAGCCACAAUACACGACUUGACGUGUGUGUGUGUGUGUGUGUGUGUGUGUGUGUGUGUGUGCGUGUGUGUGGGCGGUGUGCGUUCCAUGAUCCUGACUGAUCCUCCCGUCGUCUCGAGUGAGAGGUUGUUUCCAUCGCGGCAUGAAGCCUCGCGUGCUGGUAAAUACGCUGAGCGUUGCGUUCUCUCCUUUUCUUUUCUUUUUUACGGUGCUCGUGCGUAUCUGUAAUGCUUUUCUGUCGACACUAACAACAGUCCAAAAGUGUAAUAAAACUGACUUUACUCUA